AUGACAUCCUCAAUUAAAGAUAACGCUGUUUUUUCAAUUAACCAAGAAUCUGCUGGUUCAGUGUCUGAAGAAUUAGAACUACAAGCUAAUAUACUUAACAAAGAUGACAUCAAACCAUAUCUUUAUUUGGAAGGUUCAUGGUGGAAACACAAACACUUUAGGUAUUUAAACUUUUGUAUUUUCUUAACCACUUUAACUUCCACAAAUAAUGGUUAUGAUAGUAGUAUGCUUAAUGGUUUACAAUCUCUUUCUAAAUGGAAAAGUGAUAUGUCUCACCCUGCUGGUCCAGUGUUAGGAGCUUUAAAUAAUGGUAAUACAUUUGGUGUUAUGUUAUCAUUUGUUGUUGCUUCGUUUAUUGCUGAUAAAAUUGGUAGAAAAUAUGCUAUUAUGUUAGGAAGUUCAAUUACUAUUCUUGGAGCUAUCUUACAAGGUGUUUCAACUAAUUAUGCUUUCUUUUUAAUCUCAAGAAUGGUUAUUGGUUUUGGUUCUGGUAUUGCAAUCGUUUCAAGCCCUUCAUUGAUUUCUGAAAUUAGUUAUCCAACCCAUAGACCAACUGCUACUGCUUUGUAUAAUGUAUUCUGGUAUCUUGGUGCUAUCAUUGCUGCUUGGGUCACAUUUGGUACAAGAAUCUUAAGUAGCUCAUACUGUUGGAGAGUCCCAUCAUAUUUACAAGGUGCUUUACCAUUUUUUCAAGUUGUAUGUUUUUGGAUGGUUCCAGAAUCGCCAAGAUAUUUAAUUUCAAAAGGUAAGAACGAGAAAGCAAGAGAAAUAUUACAUAAAUUUCAUACCGGAAGUUCUCAAGAUGAAAGAGCAUUUAGAUUAGUUGAAUUUGAAAUGAAAGAAAUUGAAUCUGCUUUAGAACUUGAAAAGCUUUAUGCUAAUACCAAAUAUGCUGACUUUUUUACUAUUGCAUCCUUUAGAAAGAGAUUAUUCCUUGUUGUGUUUGUUUCCAUCAUUAUGCAACUUUCUGGUAAUGGAUUAGUUUCGUAUUAUUUAAGUAAAGUUUUAAAUUCAAUUGGUAUUACCGGGCAAAAAGAACAAUUAGAAAUCAAUGGGUGUUUAAUGAUUUAUAAUUUGGUUGUAGCUGGUACAGUUGCAACUUUCGUUGACAGAUUUAAAAGAAGAACUUUAUUCUUAUUCUCCACAGGAAUGAUGCUUAUUCUUUAUGUUAUUUGGACAAUUCUUUCAGCUAUCAAUCAACAAAGAAAUUUUGAACAAAAGUCCUUAGGUAAUGGGGUUUUAGCCAUGAUUUUCCUUUAUUAUGCUGCUUAUGAUGUUGGAGCUAAUGGUUUACCUUGGUUGUAUAUGACUGAAAUCUUACCAUAUAGUCACAGAGCUAAGGGUAUUAAUAUUCAUAACUUGGUUCAAACAUGGAUCGUUGUUUAUAAUGGGUUUGUUAAUGCCAUUGCAAUGGAUGCUAUUGAAUGGAAAUACUAUAUUGUUUAUUGUUGCAUCCUUGCUGUUGAAUUUACUGUUGUUUAUUUCACAUUCGUGGAAACUUCUGGUUAUACUUUAGAAGAAGUAGCCAAAGUAUUUGGAGAUGAUGCCGAAUCUACUUUAAAGUUUAUGUCAGCACCAAGUGACAAAUUAAGUUUUAAUCACAGUGAAAGAAAGUCCAACAAAGGUGACUCAACCAGAGAUUACACUGAAAAUGUUUGA